AUUACUUUUUAUUUAUGGUUUAUAAUUUGAUGACAAUAGAAUGUCUGAUGAAAAAAUGUUGAAAACGAACAUGGAAACAAACUCGUCUUCCGGAGAACCCGUGACGCAGCAAAUAAACAACGUAGAAAUGCCACCACGAUCUAGAGGUGGUCGAGGUUCGAGACAAAGAGCAGUGGACAACAUAACCAAAAAAUUUCUUCGAAAUUUCGAUCCUGAACGUAGCGAAAGAGAAAAACGUAAAUUACAUCGUCGUUUGUAUCAAGGAAGUAAACGUCACACCUUGUACAACGAUCAAGGUAUUUGGGUCAUAACUGGAGACGAUUUAUGUGAUUGUUUAAGUUUGGAUUGUGCAGGAUGUCAUUUUCCAUGUCCUAAAUGUUCCUCUACAAAGUGUGGCCACGAGUGCAGGAACAAUCGCAAAUGGACUUACGAUACGAUCGAAAACGAAGGCAGUGAUGUUACAACGAAAAAUCCAGUUCUCAAAGAAACUUAAAUAAACAUAAGAGCAUUGUACGCAACGAAGCGACGCCCUACGAAAAUAUUGAUUUUCUGUGAUUUUUCUUCGACGUAGAGUGCAGGUAAUGCGCACGUAUUAAUGCACGUGUCUACUAUUACUACGUAGAGAGAGAGAGAGAGAGAGAGAG